AUGACGGAGGAGGAAGAUCAUCCGCUGAUUGAGUCGCUCGCAUCAGUCAAACUCGGAGAUCCGUCAUUCGCGAGGCAGGAGUGCGAAUUGCUGUCCAAGUUCUUGUAAAUUGACACUUUCGAUCUUAUAUGUUGGAAGUUGUUCAGGGAGGAACAACAAGAGAGCAGUUUGGACAGUCUGAGCAUUCAUUUGCUCUGCACCAAUCUUAUCAGAAAUCGGAUUUGCAGCAAGUGAGUUAGCACGUGUUCAUUCUCAUUCCCUUGAAUGUUUCCUGCCUUUUCCCAGAGAGUUCAUUGAAAGCCGUCCGGCCAAGAAAUGGCUUUUUCUGAUCUUCCGCGUGGCUCGGAAUCUCUUUCGCGACAAAUCCAGAAUCGCUACAUUUCAUUCCGCCGAACUGCACUCCAACUUUGUCCAGGCAAGUCUCUUUUUCCCUCCUUUCGUUGCCUCUCCAAUCAGUUUCCAUAACUCGUUUUCUCAUUUCGAAAACCAACUUUCUUUCGCCUUUUCCUUCCAGACGUUCCAAUUCAUUGCCUCUCGCUUUCUGCGCAACGAACACGAUUGGAAUGUGGCCGUUGUAAACUGUUUGAGUACGCGUUUGGUCCUUUUGUUUGUUUGUUGAAGAACACUGUUUCAGAUGUCACUCAGAAGCUGAUAGAUAGUGGCGAAAAUGCGCAAAAGUUCGUGGAGUAUAACCUAGAGGACGGCGUUUUGAUGCUGUUGGGGACGAGGCAGAUGACCGUACUACAGCACUCCCUCGAGGUAUCAGGAGUUGAAAAUGGGAAGAAGUUAAAAGAAAAGAUGUUCAGAUAUUGGGACGGCUAUCAGAUUGGUCCACGUCUUGUCGGGAGAGUUUGUGCGAGUCGAACACAAUCGACGUCUGUUUGCAGUUGAUUCCCGACGGAGAUAUUCUCACUCAAAAGUAAGAACCGACAAUAUCUUCUUUCUACGCAUUUUCCUUUCAGACUUUGCGUCAGUCUUCUCCGUAUUCUCUCAUGCGAAGAGCAAGCCCGCGAACAGAUCAGGAUCUACGACGGCGUUCCCACUCUUCUCGGCCUGCUCUCCAUCAAGAAUUCACGUCUCCAAUGGCACGUUGCCUGGACACUGGCCCAGCUCGCCGAGCAAGUCGAGACUUCUCUGGAGAUUGCCCAACUCGGAGGAAUUAACCUAAUAAUUGCUGCCAUCGCAAAUCCGAAGCCACCCGGAAAAGCGAUCGGCGACUGGGUGGCCAUGCUCACAGGACUCACUGCGCUUCUGGCUCAAUUGGCCCAGGCGAGCAGCAAUCAGCAGAUGAUGUGCAAUGCGAAUGGAGUGUAUAUACUUGGAAAACUGUUGGCGAUCCGGAAACACGUUCAGACGGAGGAGCCGAUCGAUUCGUGGCACUUGCUGCAGUGUUCGAUAUUCAGAGUGCUCAGGUUGAUGUUCACGUUUGACAGGGCCCGACAGCUUCUGAAGAAAGUGCUGCCAACAGAGAUUCUAGAGAAAUUUGUAGACGUCGGGAAUUAUAAUAGUGUGCUGACGGACUACGGAGAGAUAUCGACGAUGUACGACAAUCUGAUUGUAAGUUCCGAGAGAGUGCAUUGGAAGAGAACUGAAGUAGAUAUCUUUAGGAAGAGGAUAUCGACGUGAUGAAGGACUGGGAAAGUGUGAACGAACGGAGACAGGCAGUCGGAGAGGUGGGAGAGUUCGAACUGCUGGAUCAGUUGGGAGCCGGGGCAUUUGGAUGCGUGUACACGGUGCGGAAGAAAGCGCAGAGUCACACGGAGACGCCAGCGAAGUUGUUCGCACUGAAAGAGAUCUUUAUGACGAAUCUGAACGAUCGGGAAUCGGAUAAGAGCUUCGGUGACGUGAUCAGCGAAGUGAAGAUCAUCAAGCAGCAGCUGAGACAUCCGAACAUUGUGAGAUAUCGGAGGAUAUUCGUGGAGAACCACCGAUUGUACAUUGUGAUGGAUCUGAUUCAAGGAGUUUCGUUGCGAGAACACAUCAUAACGAUGAAGGAGAAGAAGGGAAAUUUCGAGGAGACAAAAGUAUGGGCGAUGGUGGUGCAAGUGAGUCAGAGGAGCACAAACGGAGAAAACGGAAACGUUUCAGAUGAUGUUGGCACUUCGAUACUUGCACAAAGAGAAGCAAAUAGUUCAUAGGGAUUUGAAACCAAACAAUAUAAUGAUAACGACUGACGAGCGAGUUGUUAUAACCGACUUUGGAUUGGCCAAACAAAAGGGACCGGAAUACAUGAAGUCGGCGGCGGGCACCAUCAUUUACAGUUGUCCCGAGAUUGUUCAGAACUUGCCAUACGGCGAGAAGGCGGAUAUAUGGUCUUUUGGUUAAUCGCCUUUUUAUUUAUUUCUACGAGAAUACUGGUUUUUCAGGAUGUUGUGUAUAUGAAAUGUGUCAAUUGAAACCCGCCUUCCACUCCACCAAUAUGCUCACUUUGGCGUUGCAAAUCGUCGAAGCAAAGUACGAUCCGUUGGAGGAGUCGUGGAGUGAGAACCUUCGAACUCUGGUGACUUCGUGUCUCGCCCCGGAGCCUUCUGAACGGCCCGACAUAUUGGCAAUCUCCGGAAUGUGUGGGCCACGUCUUCUAGAGUAUUUGGAUGACGUGGCACGACAACAAGCGACCACUUCUGAUAUGACCUCAUCAAUCUCUAAUUACAACAACAAGUUCGACGAGUCUCCGUCGUCGCUCAACUCCUCCACCAGUUCGUAUCGGAGACCGAGCAGGACAAAGUACUCAGCCAACGGAUUCUUACCUCCAAUCAAUCCUGCACAAAGUAAGUCCGAAAACUGAUUAGCUCCAACCAAUUGCACUGUUUUUCAGGACGAAACCAUUCGAUGUCUGCCGGAGAGACUCCGCGUGCGGCCUCCGUCAGCGUCGUCCUUCUUCCUCGCAUCACCGACAAAUACUGUAACAUGUUUCCUUCCGCUCCGGCCGCCAUUCCUAGUCGGCGUCGAGUGCAAACGUGCUCCACCGAGCAUCCGACACGCAGCUCCUCCUCCACAGAUCUCAAAGUCGCCAAGCCUUCCGACGGUCUCUCCGUGAGCAGCAAUGCUCUUCGACAGAUUCAAGACCCCGUACUCAUGAUUCUCAAUCAAAUCCAUCGGAUUAUGGUGGUAACUGACAAGGAAAGCAUCUCAACUUCAAUGAAUCAUCAGAAGAGAUUGGUGGAGAUGUUCAGGAAGAACAUAUUGGGAAGGGAAAGUGAUGCACUCCAGAUGAAGACCCACUUGAGGAAACUGGCCGUGGAGUCUCCCGAGGAAAUUAACAUUAAUUUGGGUUUCUCUGAUUUCCGUCCAGCUCUCGUACAAUCAAAUUUGAACGGAUAUCAGAAAGGUUCCCACUAUUUGCUCAUUUUCAUAAGAGCUUUUUGAUAUUUCAGAUCAGAAAGUGACGAAGAUCACGUACGAACAACUGUCCGGUUGCAUUCAGAGCCUGAUCUCCGAGAAUCCCCCGGUGAACAAGUGA